UAAUUUUCUGCCAUUUCAGUUGGGCUUGACUGCUGCAAAUAAGUGGAAGUACAGAAGCAGAUGCGAAGAUGGUUUUCUUUGCAACCGUGCUCCUGCUCUGUUAUUUGUGUGAAGCAGAGUCCAGUGACGUCUCUCAGCCCGUUUCUGUACAAACGCUGAAGAUCGGAGAAUCAGUGACCAUCGAAUGCUUCAUAAAGAGUAUAAUUAAUGACAGAGUGUGGUACAAACUUACAGCAGACAGAAGACUGCAGGUGGUUGCAACGUAUUCUUCUCGCUACAAUUGGAGUGCAGUUAGUGUUGAUGAACUGAAACAUCGCUACUCAGUAAACUCCAUUGGGAACAAUAAUCACCUGACCAUAUCAGCAGCGUCUUGGGAUGACGCUGGAACGUACUUCUGUGGAGUUUUGCGGCUAUCUGACAUUCAGUUUGGGUCAGGAACCUUGUUGAUGCUAAAAGGUGUGAAGCUGAACCACUCUGAUGUCCAGCCGCCAGUCAGGUCAGAAGACGCCGUGCCUUUCAGCUGUACUUUCCACGCCGCUCAGUGCACAGCAGAGGACACUGGGGUCAUGUGGCUGAAAACCUCUCAGCGUUCCGCUCCAGAAGUUAUUCACGUGUCUGGGAAAACAGACGACUCCUGUAGGAGGACCGAGCGCGGAGAAAUGACCUGCGAGCACAAGCUCUUCAUCAGAGACGUCGACUCCGACGGAGGUGGAACCUACUACUGCGCCGCCACCGUGUGUGGACAGACACAGUUUGGAAAUGUGACCAUGAUUUUUAACAGUGGACUGAAUCCAACUGUUGUUGUUCUGGUGACGUCAAACAUCAUUUUUGGAAUCACGAUUCUCCUCCUUUCCUGGAUGCUUUGUAAAUCCCGGAGGAAAGCGUCUGCUGGGCCCCCGAAAAGAUCUUUUGUUGAUCAGACUGCAGAAUCCGUCAUCUAUUCGAGUUUGUCUUCGCCCCACCGAAGCUUCGAUUGCCAAUCGUCCACGGUGACGUACAGCACUGUGGACAGUGUGGUUUAUUCUGACACUAGAAGCUGAAGAACAGAACCAUCUUGGUUGUCGAAUAUAUGUCUUUAAGGAAUGUAUAAUAAUGUUAAUAGUAAGACACAACUGACUAAGAUAGCAACAGAAAAAUCGAGAAUAUCACAGGGAUGGUAAUAAUGAAAUAUCGAAGAACUGAACGGAAGAUUGAUUUGUAUAGCAAUCUCUAUGGAAACUCUGUUAUGGCCUGCCGACCUGUCCAGUGUGACACCCUGGAUGCCCUCUUGCUCCCUUAGCCCAAUGGGAUAAGGGUGUAAGAAAAUAGAUGGAUGGAUGGACAAAUGGAUGCAUGGAUCUCUAUGGAAACUAAAGCCCAUACUUCAGAACCUGCUUGAACAUGUGUUGCUGUUGAUUUUUUGUAUUAUGUUUGUGUUCUAACACUGUGAUUUAUUUGUGAAAGUGCUAUAAAGUUUUACCAUUGUUGUCUUAAAUCAUCAGACAAGGACAGUGUGAAAAGUGGCCAUGGAGAUGUAAAAGGGCAACAGGAUAAUGCAAGGCAAUGUAAGGCUGUGGAGGAGAAGACAUGGAUGGGAAGGAACAGAAAGGCAUAGAAGAUGGGAAGGAGAAGAAGGAGAGCUGAGAAUGAACCACAGAUAAAGAAGCAGUGUGGAGGAUUGGGUUUGCAAUACAUCUUAAGCUAAUAACGUGGUCCAGACUUUGACUUUUGAUGUCUGACAACAGUCUGAAAAAAUAUUUAUUUCCCUUCAUGAUGUAUAAGGACUGGAUAGUUUGAAGGCUAUUUGUUCUCCAAUAUUUGCUUUAUUUAUUAUAAGUUGCUUGAUCAAUAAACACUUGUUGAUA